CUUUCCCAAACGGCAUCGUUUCGCGCUGUUUCUUCUCUUCUUUCUUCAGAUACCGAUACGGCGAUGUAGAAUAACAGAGGGAGGGAGGGACGCGUGAGCGUCUGCUGAGCCGUUGAAGCCGCGAAGCAGGGAUCGAGACCGAGAAGCGGAAGGCGGUAAUUCGAGGACUCUGCAAUCUUAUUUUAGAGGGAGAGUUAUCGGAUUCAGAAGGCGGGCAAGCUCUGGAAUUUGGAGAAGGGGGGCUGGGGGUGGGGGUGGUGGUUUCUGUUCGAAGUCGAGACAGAGGGAAAAAAAAAAAAGAGAGAAAGAGAGAGAAAUGGAGGGGUUCUUCUCCUCUGCUCGAUUCUGGGGUUCGAGGUAGUCUUUUGGGGAAAUAAUUGGAAGCAGAAUAGAGUAAGAGAGGGGAGCUCACGGAGAAAAUCUGCGUGAACGAAAGUUCGGGAGUUUUCUGGUUUGAGGAUGGAGGGCUUAGGUGAGUGAAAAACGGAGAGAUAUUGAGGAGAGAUAAGAGAGCUCGAGAGGCAGAGGACUUCUCUGACUGAGAAACAGAGAGACGAGAGGUAAAGAGGGUGAAAGUAGAGUGAUUUUUGUUUCUGAGCAAGGAGAGAAGAGAAAUUCUUGAGAAGAUCAGAGGGUGACGAAAAAGCUGAGAGAAGAGCAAUAGCAGAAUACGGAUCCUUCUGGGUGAAUUGCUCCAGGAGAAUGAGAGUUCCCCGAAUUCUUGAGGUAUGGAAACUGGGCACGGUAAACUACUUGGACGCGCUCAAACUUCAGGAGAGACUAGUCUCUGAUAGGAGAGCUCACAGAAUUCAAGAUACUCUCUUAUCUAUGCAACAUCCUCCAACAUAUACACUUGGUAAACGACGAACUGAUCACAAUUUGUUAAUCCCUGAGUCUGAAGUUCAAACGAUGGGAGCUGAACUUCAUUAUACACAAAGGGGAGGAGAUAUUACAUAUCAUGGUCCACAUCAAGCCAUCUUAUAUCCCAUUAUUUCUCUUCGUGACAUUGGCUUUGGUGCUCGGAAGUAUGUGGAGAAACUGGAGUUAACUAUGAUUGAAUUAGCAUCUUUAUAUGGCCUGAAAGCUUGUCCUGGGCAGGCAGGUGAGACAGGAGUUUGGAUUGGAGAUAGAAAGAUUGGUGCUAUUGGAGUUCGAAUAUCAUAUGGCAUUACUUCUCAUGGUUUAGCAUUCAACAUUGACCCUGAUCUAAACUAUUUUAAGCACAUUGUGCCUUGUGGGAUUACGGGUAAAGAUGUAACUUCUUUGAAGAGAGAGACAGGUAUCAUUCUUCCAGCCGAAGAAAUAAUUCACGAGCAAUUAAUUUCUUGCUUUGUGAGACUAUUUAAUUAUAGUAGUGUUACCUGGAAAGAGAACCCUGCAAUACUGUUGGAUAAUGGGAAAACAACUGAUAUUUGUCGGUAGUAUGGCAAAAAUAAAUUUACUGCAGAAAUUUUCAUGUUUAUUUAAAUUAAAAUUAUAGAUCCUCAUUGACGUAUAUGUUCGGAAAGAUUUUAAUGCUGGCGUGAGUAAUGCAUGUAACAUUAUUCUUUCAGGCUAGUUUAUUGGAGUUGAUAGGACUCUGGAUGAAUACUAAUUUUGAUACUUUUAUCUGUUGCGUUAUAGUUGACUCAUCUUUACUCUUCAGACUUGGAGUUUGAUCCAUGCCAUCUACUUGGUCUUGAUGAGUACAUAUCAAUUUUUUUUUUUCUUGAAACAGAGAAUCUUCAAUCCACGUGAAUUUGGGUGAAUGAGAUCUUGAAGAAAAUUUCACCAAAAUCUUUAUUUGUGGUGCUUUGACCACUCCUCGCUUUCAUUCUUCUCCUCCAUUUCCUGCUGAAAUUACUUGCUGACUAAUCAGUGACUAUACUCAUAUGAUAGCUUCCAAUAAUGAUCUCAGCUGAAUUUAUGAAUUAUUUAGUUUACUGGAGAGACAUCAUAGUCUUUUGUACUUUGCUGCCAAAGAUUGUCAUGAUGUUUAGGCAAGUGGAUCCUCAUAAUAAAAUGUUGCCAAGUUGUUGAAAAAUCCAUGUUCUAUGUUCAAUUGUUCUUUGAAUCUUAGGAAAGCAAGCAGCUGUGAGGAAGACUUUAGGUUAAAAAAUUGAUAAAAGUCUACAGGAAUUUCAUCAUGGCUGAAAAUCCAGCUAUAUUUUAUUGAAGGCAUUAUGCCAUUUACUAUUUCAGCCAUGUGGCAAAUUGUUUCUGAAGUAUUAUCAAAUGCAGUAAUUGGGAUAAAAUUAGGAGAAUAUUGAAGGAGAAUCAGAUGGUUUUCCCAAGGAUGGUUUGGUGAUUCCUGCAGUGGAAAGUAGUCUUACCCAGCUAACUUUAGUUGUGUUUGUUAAAACAAGUACAAAAUUAAUUAGUGAUUCAGAAAAGAAGAACCGAAAAUUGUGAUACCUGAUUUGUCUCAUGUGACUGAUCACAUGAGACAUGUUGAAAAAUAUUUCAGGAUUGCAGAGGAGUCAGAGAAAUAUUAUACUAAACAUCAACUUCACAUGACAAGAUCAGCUACUUCCCAAGUUCCACCCUAUUAAAGAAAACCAAA